AUGACAAACUUUCGUAUUGUGGAGUUGAUCGGGGACAAAUUUCACGUGAACAAACAUCUCAUUAAUAGUAUAUUGACCAAGAUCAAUGAGAAACAAUGCGAUGAAAUAGCCAUCAUAUCGGUGGUGGGCCCACACUUCGAGGGCAACACCUUUGCUAUAAAUCUUAUACUAAACUGCCUGGAAAGAGGUGACCAAGCAAAUGGUCAAGCUAAAAAUCCAGGCAUUGAAAUGUGGGACAAACCCUUUAUUAAGGAACAGGAUGGCAAAAAAGUGGCAAUCCUGUUGGUUAACUUACAAAAUUACCAGUAUCAGUUUGAGGACCUCAUAAAGAAUACAUCAUUGAUGCAAAUGUUCCGUCAACCCGAUAGUUGGACUAAAAUAUCGCUAAAUGCUCAGGCUAUUUCCGAUGACAAUGCUCAAACGGAUGAUGAAAAGACUAAAUUAAUUGAAACUAACCUGGAUUACACAGCUACCGAUCAUGAUAAUAGUUUUGGCAUGUUAUCCGAGUUUAAUAAAGAAACGGAUGUAUCUGAUCAAGAUCAAAUAGAUACUAACACGCUUUCUGGUCAAAUAACUAAUAAUACACCUGAGCCAAAUAAACCGGUGCCUAAUGGGCACCAAUCAGACCCUAGCCAAAAAGCACCGGACGAUUCAGAUCUCACCCUAAAAGCACCGGACAAUAAAGUCGCUGAAAGUCCACAAAACAAUCAAAUAAGUGAUGAAGACAGUGAGACGGGAGCCGAGCCUACAGAUAUAUACACCAAAGAGGAACUGGAUGAAUAUCUGGCCACUUUGAUAACAAAAUAUAAGCAAGGUGUUUUUGAUAUUAUAGAUAAAACAGAGUCCGAUAUAACUAAGGCUUUAGAUAUGGGACACAAAUCUGUGAAAACUAAAGUUAUGGAUGAGUUUAAUACAGUCCUCAAGGAGGGGAACGACACCAAACUGGUCCAGGAGUGUAGGCAAUCGCUGGACAGGGAUAUGGAUUUGGAAAAAACAAAUUUUGAGGCAAUUUGCGAUAAACGAGUCAAUAUUGGCGACCAAUUGAUGGCUGAAUUGGGCGAUAAAUACUCGGAUUUGUUUCGACAGGAAAUUGACCAAAUAAUGGCCGACAAGACCUUCAAAUACAUGGAGUUCAGGAAAAUAUGCGCCGAUUUUGAGGCCAAUUGUGGACAGUUGUGUCAACGGGACGAGUAUCUCAUAAAUGAUGAACAUUUGUAUAGCUAUUUACUUGAAAAGUCUGCAAUUUUGGACUCAUUUCAAGGGGACUACUAUUUGGUUAAAAAAUACGACGAGUUAACCAAACAUAAUAUAAAACUGUACAAGGACAACAUUUUGGAGAUCAAUGAUAAAAACAUUAAAAUAGUUCUAAAAUGCACGGAAACCGCACACAACCUUUAUACAACAGAAAUGUCCAAGCUACUGAGAUCUGGCACAUUUACUGGUGAAAUAUUACUGCAAAAACAUAACGCUAUGUACGACACGGUUUGGACGGGCAUUACCCGCAAAAUAUCGCUGACAACGUUCAAACCUAAUGUAAUCCUAAAGUGCCAGGCUGAUGUCAAAAAUAAGCUUGCACAACUAUACGUAGACUAUUCCCGGGUAAAUAGCGACAAUCAUAAAUUCAUCAAGAAUACAAUGAAUGAGAUAACACUAAAACUAUAUAAAGAGUAUUGCGUCCGGUUUAGGGAUAAAUUAGCUAAAUGUAUGCACCUCACAGAUGACCAAUUUGAGCAAGCACAUGAAAACGUACUAGGUCAGUUAUGGCCUGUCCAAGAACAGUUGAUCAAAAACUCAUUUACUGAACAAAACAAAGGUUUUGACGAUAAAUAUGUAUCGGAAAUGGUGGACAAGAAUAGGCUGUAUAUUACGGAUAAUAUAGUUUGUCGUAAACAGAAAUACAAACACAUUAAUAAUGACAAAAAAGACAAAUCCCAUUCACUUGUCGUGCAAUUUAACGACAAACCUACCGGUGCCUAUUUUAACAGGCAAAAAGGUGGUGCCGAAAACGUUCCUGAUCCAUUCGGAGAUAGCGCUGUUAAUUGCAUAGCGUUUAAUGGAAAUCGUAUACUCUAUGGUUGUAAUGCCGAGCUAUACCUAAAUGGGAAUGCCUAUGACAUCAAAGAUAUAAUGGGACGGGAUGUUAGUACUAAUGAAGAUCUCACGAAAUAUCGAUUAAAUGUUGUUCAGAAAAAUCCCGUAAAAGUAAGGCUCGUAUUCACGGACACGACUCAAGCGAGUGUCGACUUAAAUGUCGAAUCGUUAUUUGCUUUACAAGUAUUGGACAUGAAAUCCAGGGCUGAGACCGAGUUUAAAAACUAUAUGCAAAACGUGUUAUUCAUUGUUCCAACGAGUUAUACCAUACGACAGAUACAGGCCGUAAAGGACUCGGCUAAAAUAGCGGGAAUUGAACAUGCUUAUAUAUUGUCCCAGAUGAGCGCAGCAAGUAUCAAAUAUAUUGCGUAUAAGUGUGGGGCAACCAAUGGCGACGAUUCGGUGAUUAAGAAAAAAUUUUCAAACUGGGUGUCCAAGCUGUUUGACAAACGGAAAAAAGUUUUCGAUUGCCUUAUAACAGGUGACCAGAGUAUAAUCACCAAGUUCGAUUUCGUGCCGUCCCUAAAAAAGUAUUGUUCGAAAAUCACAAUAAAUGAUGACUCGCUGAUCACGAGGGGUGCCGUCUUAUACAGCAAUCACUACGAAAAUAACGGUAAACUGAUCCCGAUCACGGGCGUAGUGUUACGCGACGUCAUGUGUCACAUGGAGUUUAACGACGGCAAACACGUGGCCGUGGCGCACCUGUUACGUCGCAACGAAUUAGCCAGCACAAAUACGUACACAAAAUUUAAGCUGACUGAUGAUAUAAAAUUUCCCAUCCGUUUGCUUAUUACGGAGGGUCCAGAGUGUGUGGUUAAAAGGCAACAAAUUGACCAUUAUCAAACGCGGAUAUCAAUGGAUGUGACUACGGGUGAGACUGAUGUCCAAAAGUAUAACCAAAUCUCAACGAAUAUACGCCGGGAUAUAAUGAACGCGUUUAAUAGGGAGUUCAGUAACAAACAGCCGGUAAACCUAAUCAAAACCUACGGCACAAUAUUAGGUCAAUUGAUGGACAACGAGGACACCAAAUGUAAGGCCAUUAUCAACGAAUUGGUGAACAAAAACUCCAAGAAAUACAAGAAUUUAAUUGAGAAUUGUGUUAAAGAAUUCAACGAUAGUAUGAACGCGGCGAUUGACCAGGAUAUUAAUGCUAAUGGUCUGGAUAAUCACUAUAACAUGCUAUUCACGCGCAUAAACAACGAUACGAUUAACGCGUUCAACGAAAAGUCAAAAUAUUUGUCACAAUUUCAUCGCCAAAAAUACCGGUCAGAGUUGACCACAAAUAUGACUACCUGUGCCGACAAAUACCGGUUCCUUUACGAGUGCAACGAUAAGUACCGCGAGGUUUGCCGCCGAAAAAUAUCUGUCGAUAGCGACUCGUGUCAUGCAAAAAUCGACACCAUUUACCACGAUACACUGGCUAAUUAUAAGGCUAAAGUAUCGAGGCUGUUUACCCUGAGCAACGAUAUUACUCGCGAUAUGCACAUCCAGUUUUGCCAUUCCGUAAAAAAGGGAAUGAGUGGGGGUUUCAUCAAAACGGAUUCGUUACAGAAAACCCUUGAAUACGAAAUGGGCGUAACUAUGGCCGCGCAAAAGUCGCGCAUAACGGCCCUCAAACAGGACUGGGAUGACGGGCUCGUGGAGGCCAUCGUAGAGAAAAAGGCCGUCAAACUGAAAUUCAAAUUGUACACUCAGAUCUAUCAGUAUAAGCUGCAAAACUUUCUAAAAGUAACUGACACAAAUUACCUGGGCAUUUGUUUGGCGCGUGACUUUCUCAUAGGUACCUACUUCAAUGGCAAAGUCCAAUACGUGCCUGAUACUAAUGGCGAAAACUACGUGGAUAACUCUAUUGCUUAUAAAAACAGCUUUAUAUUUGGCGCCGAAGCUCGAGGUUAUUUAGCCGACACGUGCGGCUCAUUCGACAUCAAAGACCUACUGUGGAAGGACUGGGCGGAUGAGGCGGAGCUCAUGCGGUAUCCGUUCAGGGAUUGGCUUAAAAAUCCGCUCCGAUAUAAUCUGAAGCCACAAAUUGACCAAGACACAGUGCACCGUCUUAACGUCGAAACAAUGGUGGCGCUACAGGCGUUGCAUAUUAAACAUUCCGCCGAGACCUUAAUGAAACACGCCGUACGUAUGGCAGUGUUUACGAUACGCACGGAUUAUCGGAUCAGACAGCGGGCUAUACUUAGGGACGUAGCAAAAAUAGCCGGGUUUGAUAAGACGUACCUGAUUACCGAGAUUACUGCCGCAGGGAUAGCCUACAUAAUCGACAACCCUAUGGACAGUAAGGCUAAAGAGAUUAUUAUGGUAUUCGCGUUGGACCAUGAUCAAUGCGCGCACGGUGUUAUAAAGGUAAGUAAUAGUACCAUGGAGUAUCUGUCCUAUGGCAUCCAGUCAGUGGAAAACCUAUUAGAAGUUCGCACACAUGGAACUGGUAGCUCAUAUCCAAUAAUAAGAGACUUUAUCAUCAACCAACUGUCCCUCAGCGACACGUAUUUGUCGAAAAUCCUGGUCGUCGGCCACUCCGCUCGACUACCAGAGUUUCAGCGGCACAUCACCGCCCACUUCGAGCCGCGGUCAGUACUAUACGAUUGCCACCCACGGGAUGUCAUCGCCAGAGGGACGGCAUAUUACGGACAAAUGUUGGAGAAACGGUUGGACGCUAUUGACAUCAGGGAGGUCAUCAAAAUGCCCAUUAAAAUGAUGUUGUACAUGAACAACAAGUCGGAAACGCACGAGCUCAUGGACCAAAAUGUGAGCGUGUUUGAUUAUCGCCAAAAACGGGAGGUGGUCACCAAUGUCAGCGCCGCCAACUUUCCCAUAGAGGUGGCCAUCCUGGAGGCCGGGGAGGAGAUUAAGUCCUAUAGGAUUGAGAGUCCGCCAUUGCCCACCUGGGGGCGACCCAUCGAUAAGUUAGGGGAUACUUUUUUGCCCUGGAACACGUUGCACGUGGGCUACCAUAUGGAUCAGGACACCUUGGAUAUACAUUUUAGCGCCACGUUAAAGGCCCGGUAUGGGAAUGACUACCCGAUUACGCUUAAGGAUAAUAAAUGCCGACUAACUCAGGAAGAUAUCGAGGGUCAACGAAGUAUUUUAAAUGAGCUUGGUAUGUUUAAAACCGCCCCUGUCGAAACCCUUAAUACGGACAGUAAGCCGAUACCCGGCACCAGUACUGGACAGGUGUUACAUCCGGGAAAGUCUGUGCCUAAACCCCCCGUUGAGAUAAAUAGGAGGGCAGCGCCGGUAGAUGAGUUCAGUGCCUUUUGCGCCGGUAUUCGCGAGCGAUUGGACGCUAAUAGUGAUGUCCAUCGGAUUAAAAAGUCAAAACUUUUGGAUAAACUGACGACUUUCAUACCUACCGGACCGCACCUACACGUUAUGGACAGUUAUUACAACUUCGAACAGCGCUGGAAGGAAGUGGAGGCUAAACUCCGCAGCGAAUUGAGCUACGAAAAAGUGAGCAAGCUAAUAGAUGUACCUGGUGAUGACAUACCGGAGCGAUGCCAACUGCGCUGGACGGAUGAGAAAGUGACUGAACUGGAGGCGGAUGUCGAAGGCUUGGCCACCGAUGGCAAGGAGGGGCGGUUGACAAAUAUGAACAGCCGGUGCGAUAAGUUACGGCUCGACUUACAGGCUGUGGGCGAUUUAAAUGAUCCAGAUGAAGUGCCCGAUAGUGACAAGUGUCAGUACGUGCUGAAUAGGCUGGGCCUGGAUGACAUACUGGUUAAAGUGGGGGACAGGCGUGUGGCCCUGGUGUUUGGCGUAAGUAAGCAGGGCGAAGGGAACUCAUUCCUGAUGAACAAGGUUGGCCGCCAUAUUGUUAAUAGCAAAAAAUAUGGCGUCGCUCCCGAUGGGGACGACAUGGAGAUUAUCGCCGACCCCACAGAACCCUUGUUU